AUGUCGGAGAAACCCCCCAUAUCCAUUACCGUGCCUUCACCAGCCGUCGUUGAGCCAUGCUCACCGAUCUCAAGUGAAGCUACUCUGAGCGAUGGAGAUAGAGUCGUUGAAAAAUGUCUUUCCAAGGAGAUGGAAACCCUCAAUCUGGAUAGCACGAAAGAUCUUGAUGUGGAGGCUCAGACUACCCAGCGCAAACCCAAGCUGCUUGCCUCCACACGUUAUGCUAUUCUCACGCUAUACCGACGCCUGUUCACGCUAGUCUUCUGUGCAAACAUUGCUGUUUUCGUGGCUGUCAUGACCACGGAGCAAAAGCUCUUGGCCUUGGUCAAUGCCACAGCAGCCAAUUUGCUGGCCUGCGGUCUGGCCCGUCAGCCACUGGUGGUCAAUGCCAUCUUUGUAGUAGUGUGCUCGAUGCCGAGGUCGGCACCGCUUCCCCUGCGUCGCAUCGCUGCCAAAGUCUACCACUAUGGUGGUGUGCAUAGCGGCUGUGGAGUCGCAUCGUUGAUAUGGUACGUGGGAUUUGUGGGUGUCAUGUCUCGCCAAUACUGGGCACCCUCGGCAGCCGACACGAACAUCAUCACCUCGGCAGCGCCAGUUGUGAUCGCUUACAUCAUCCUGGCUUUGCUGCUCGCGAUCAUUGUGGUCGCUCAUCCCUCAUUCCGGAUGAAACGACAUGAUUAUUUCGAACUCACCCACCGCUUUUUGGGAUGGCUUGUCGUAGCCCUGUUCGUCGCUCUGUUGGUAGUCUUCUCGCAGGGGGCCAGUCAGGUCGUGAACAAACCCCUUGGCAUAUUCAUCAUCUCGCUCCCAGCAUUUUGGUUCCUGAUGCUCACUGUAGUAGCAAUCAUCCAACCAUGGCUAUUCCUUCGCAAGGUUGCGGUGCGGGCCGAGCAACUGUCGACCCACGCAACCCGCCUACACUUCGACCACGCUGUCACCACUUUUGGCAAGGGAAUCCAGCUCGCCAAGCACCCCCUCCGUGACUGGCAUGGGUUUGCCACAUUCCCAGAUCCCGUGCCUGCAGGUGUUCACGGUAACCCAAGCUUUUCCUGCUUGAUCUCGAAGGCUGGUGAUUGGACGGCGGCGACGAUCCAGGAAUCGCCUACCCACCUAUGGAAGCGUGGCGUGCUGAUCUAUGGCUUUGCAUAUGCCAUGCGCGUUUUCAAAAGAGUGAUUGUCGUCACUACCGGAUCCGGAAUCGGUCCUUGUCUGUCAUUCCUCGGCGAUGAUAACCGACCUGCGCUGCGUGUGCUUUGGCAGACUCGCGCGCCCGAAAAGACAUACGGUGCAGGGGUGUUGGAGCUAGUUCACCGGAUGGAUUCGGCACCAAUUGUACUGGACACUGACCAGUGCGGGCGCAUCGACAUGGUUCCGAUUAUCUUGCAGCAGAUCAAGGACUUCAAUGCUGAAGCGGUGUGCGUGAUCAGUAACCCUGUGCUGACGGGGCGAAUCGUCUAUGAGCUCGAAGCGCGAGGGACCCCGGCGUUUGGUCCGAUUUUUGAUUCCUAG